AUGGCUCGGAAACUCAACGACGAUAUAUCGCGACAUCUGAAAAUCGACCCAGGACUUUCUCGGAGAAGAGAACCCGAGCCUCCAGAGUGCUUGGCGUGGCAAUACGUCAACGCCUACUUCGAAGAAUCGAGGGAUGUCGCUUUUGGGAUCCUUUCUCGGCCAAGUUUUGAGUCUCGCUUGAGAGCUCAUUUCGAGAACGAUCUAAUGACUUCCCCAGAAGCAGACGCUUCUUGGCAGCAAUCCGGACCUUUCCUCGCGGGGCAGGCCUACGGAUGGCAAUACUUCCAGAACGCACUUUCCGUGCAUACUGACCUACUAUACACCAGGAGCAGUUUCAUGGCGAUCCAGGCACUCGCAAUAAUGGCCUUCUUCGUGGAGAGCAUAGGGACGCCGGCGCUCGACUAUAUGCUUUCUCUGAACGCCAUGAAACUCGCCGAAUCCAAAGGCCUGCAUUGUCAACCUGCGGCGACGUGGAACCUGGGUGAGUCCGCUUUGCAAACGCGAAGGUACAUAUGGUGGUCAGUCUACGGUCUGGAACGCUUCAACGCCUUUCGAUGGGGAAGGCCAUUGUCAAUCGAGGACAAGGCAAUCACCUGCGAAUUACCUUCCAAGGUGGUGGACGGCAGCAUGGUGAAUCUCGACUUGCUCGUUCCUGCCGUCAGGCACACUCGGAUCUUGGGGGAUAUAACGGAACAGUUCACAGCCUUGAAAGCGUCGACGCCCACAUUAACCGAAGUCAGGCGCACCGUUGACCACCUUGAGCAUAGGCUUCGUGGUUGGCACGAUUCUCUGCCAUCAAAGUUGAGAACCGGAGCGGAUUAUUCAGAUUCGCCGAAAGAUAUGGACAUCGUCCACGUGUUAUACCACCACUUUGCGUUCUGGGGCACUCUGAUUACCAUCCACUCGAUCCUUGUGCACCCUUGGAAUGUCCCUAAAAUUCAAACCAAGCCAAUCGAGCUGCUGGACUUUCGCAGACACUCGCAGAACAGCACGAGGAAGGUUGUAGAGGCGUCCAGGGCGAUGAUCCGAGCAUUAAGCCAUGUCAGCAUUGACAUCUGCUCUCCCAAAUGGCUGGUCUUCACGUAUCCUCUAACGGCGUUCAUGAAUCUCUUUAUAUACAUCCUGCGGUACCCCAGGCUGCCUACCGUUGAAUCAGAUCUGGACGCCAUGUAUCGGGUGUGCGGUCACUUCAACUACAUGGAAUACACUAUGCCAGAGAUGUCAUUUGCAUUCCCUCGAGAAGCAACAAACCUCGCGCGUUUUGCAGUCACCAAGGCCAAGGCAAACGGAAACGCAAACACCGGAAGCCGCAAGUCUUCUGAUGCAAACUGCCUCACCACGACGUCGAUAUCGACACCCGAGCUCGAGCUGCCAGAUGUUGAGGUACCUGAUUUGUACAACGAAUCGGGGACAGACGCAUUUGAGCUCGGCGUUGAAGAUUGGGACACUUUUGUAUCGUGGCCUAAGUGA